UUCACGCAGUCAGUGUCGGUUGGGGAAAAGAGUGGCAUUGGGUGAGGGUGAACUGUGCCGCCGCCAUCAUGAGGGAGAUCGUGCACCUGCAGGCCGGGCAGUGCGGAAACCAGAUCGGGGCCAAGUUUUGGGAGGUCAUCAGCGACGAGCAUGGCAUCGACCCAACCGGUACCUACCACGGAGACAGCGACCUGCAGCUGGAGCGCAUUAACGUCUACUACAACGAGGCCACAGGUGGCAAGUACGUGCCCCGCGCCGUGCUGGUGGACCUGGAACCCGGCACCAUGGACUCGGUGCGCUCCGGGCCCUUCGGCCAGAUAUUCAGGCCAGACAACUUCGUGUUCGGUCAGAGCGGAGCAGGAAACAACUGGGCAAAGGGCCAUUAUACGGAAGGUGCUGAAUUAGUUGAUUCUGUGUUAGAUGUUGUGAGAAAGGAGGCAGAAAGCUGUGAUUGUCUCCAGGGCUUUCAGCUUACUCACUCCCUUGGUGGUGGCACAGGCUCUGGCAUGGGUACUCUUCUCAUCAGCAAAAUUCGUGAAGAGUACCCAGACCGAAUUAUGAAUACUUUCAGUGUUGUACCCUCCCCUAAAGUAUCAGAUACUGUAGUAGAGCCCUACAAUGCCACGCUCUCGGUGCACCAGCUUGUGGAGAACACAGAUGAAACCUACUGUAUUGAUAACGAAGCCCUCUACGACAUAUGCUUCAGAACACUGAAGUUAACUACUCCAACGUACGGUGAUCUGAACCAUUUAGUGUCGGCAACCAUGAGCGGUGUUACCACCUGCCUGCGAUUCCCAGGCCAGCUUAAUGCUGACCUGCGGAAGCUGGCAGUCAACAUGGUUCCCUUCCCCCGUUUGCACUUUUUCAUGCCUGGUUUUGCCCCGCUCACGAGCCGUGGGAGCCAGCAGUAUCGUGCUUUAACUGUGCCAGAGCUAACACAGCAGAUGUUUGAUGCAAAGAAUAUGAUGGCUGCGUGUGACCCACGUCACGGCCGCUAUCUGACCGUAGCUGCUGUUUUUAGAGGCCGUAUGUCAAUGAAAGAGGUCGAUGAGCAAAUGCUGAACGUUCAGAACAAAAAUAGCAGCUAUUUUGUUGAAUGGAUUCCUAAUAACGUUAAAACAGCGGUCUGUGACAUUCCACCUCGUGGCCUGAAAAUGUCUGCCACCUUCAUUGGUAACAGCACAGCCAUCCAGGAGCUGUUCAAACGCAUUUCUGAGCAGUUCACCGCCAUGUUCCGCCGAAAGGCUUUCCUGCACUGGUACACUGGCGAGGGCAUGGACGAGAUGGAGUUCACAGAGGCUGAGAGCAACAUGAAUGACCUGGUGUCUGAGUAUCAGCAGUACCAGGAUGCCACAGCUGAGGAAGAGGGGGAGUUUGAGGAGGAGGCUGAGGAAGAAGCAGAGUAAAAGCUAUGCAGAUGACCACCUGUAAAUUUUGUUUAAAGCUGUAUGAACUCUUUCAUUCAAAACUUCUCUGUCUGUGUUGUGUUCCUCUUCCUGUCUCAAAGUCACUUCAAAUGCUGUACAGGCACCAUUAAAGCAUUUUUCACAGUGCA